CGCUGCCAAAUUCUGACUGUUAUCUGUGGCUGUCUGUUUUGUGCCGCGAAACGAUAAUAGGUUAAGUGGAGAUAUUCUUUCGUUAGUGAAUUAUUUCUCACGUUUGUCACAAUUUUUAUCGCAAUCUAUUACGAGAUCGCAAUUACAUCCCCAGUGAUCUUACUCUUCCGUAAAAUCUAAAUUUCACUUGCAAUGGCAGCGAAAAUAGUGAAGAAAAGGGCACCGAAGAAAAAAGGCGGUUAUUCUAUGCCAGAUCCGAUAUCAGCUGGAGAAAUUCUUACAGAUGUAUGCAAGGGUCGGUGGAUCCUUGGCAAGUCGAUCGGUAUCGGCGGUUUUGGAGAGGUUUAUUCUGCGGCACCUUAUUCUGAAAAAACCCCCAAAGAUUAUCCUAAUGUUAUAAAAAUUGAACCACAUGGAAAUGGACCAUUAUUUGUAGAGAUGCACUUUUAUAUGAGGAACUGUAAACCAGAUGAGAUUGAUAGUUGGCAGAAAAAAAAGAAACUUGCUGUACUUGGAAUGCCUAGAUAUAUUGCUUCUGGAAGUCACGAAUAUAAAAAUACAAAAUAUCGAUUUUUAGUAAUAAAUCGAUUUGGAAAAGAUUUAUGGAAAAUAUUUGAGGAAAAUAAUAGACAGUUUCCAGAACACAUAGUGUAUAAACUAGCUUUGCAAAUAAUAGAUAUAUUGGAGUAUAUCCAUCACAAAAAUUAUGUGCAUGCUGAUAUCAAAGGUGAAAAUUUACUACUAGAUUUAAAUUCCUAUGAUCAAGUCUAUUUAGUUGACUUUGGUUUAGCAUCUCGCUCUACAACAAGUACUGAAUUAAAAAAGGAUCCGAAAAAGGCACAUAAUGGCACUUUACAAUAUACAAGUAGAGAUGCCCAUAUGGGAGUACCAACAUUUCGUGGUGAUGUUGAAAUCUUAAAUUACAAUAUAAUUCUGUGGUUAUGUGGUUUAUUACCAUGGGAAAAAUUAGUUGACCCAGCUACUGUUCAAAACGAAAAAGAAAAAGCUUUCAAAAACAUAGACGAUUUUCUGAAAAAGUGUUUUCGUGGAUCAGUCCCACAGGCUAUGCAUAAAUUUAUGACUUUAUUAGCUAGCGUUAAAUUUAAUGAAAUGCCACCUUAUGAAAAAUUUAAAGAAAUAUUAAUAGCUGGUUUGAAAAAAUUAGACUAUAAACCAGAUGGGAAAUUAAGAUUAAAUGCUAUUGACACAUCAAGUCAACAAAAUCCUUCUAAAUCUACGCCACAAAAAAUUAAAAAACCUGUGAAUGGAGUUAGAAAAAGUCCCCGUGCAAAACUUGCGGAUACUGUAAAUCCCAUAAGAAAUGCAAGAAAAAGUACUAUAGGUGUUGUAAUUGACAAAAAGCGUUGUAAAGUAAGAGAGAUUGAGAAAGCAUUAAAUGAUUUAAUGGAUUCUGAUAGUGAAUAUGAUAUCCAAAUUCUUAAGAAAGCGAAAAGGAUAAAGUCCAGUAAUAAAGUAAAUAAAAAUAAGGAUGAAAUAGAUCCAGUACAUAGUAAAAUGGAAAUUCAAAAUAAUUUCAAAGAUGAUUCUGAAGAUGAUUCUGUAAUGGAGCCCUUACCAAAACGCUCAAAUAAAACGCGCCAGAAAAGACCUGCUCUAAGUAAAACAAAACGAAAGAUUAAGAAUUUGGAUGACUCAUCAACUGCUUCUGAGCCCGAGAUUGUAUCAAAAGGAACAAAAUCAAGACCUGCUACUACUUUUAGGGAUAAAGUAACUACUAAGAAUAGAUUGCAAUCCAAUAAAGCAGUAUUGAAAAUUGAUACUGAAAUUCAAUCUGAUGAGGAUAUGUUUGAUACAUAAUUCACAACAUUACAAAUAUAAUGAAGUACUAUAUAUCGUAAUAUUUAUACUACAAAAAUAUCUGUAAUUAUGUAUCUUACAUCAUUAUAUAUUCUUGUACAUUUCUCUUAUGCAUUUGACAUUAAUCACAACAUUAUUUACAUGUUGAUCAUA